AUGAGGAUCGAGAGGUGUUGGUUUUGCUCGAGCAACGUCUACCCCGGGCAUGGGAUCGUCUUUGUGCGCAACGAUGCAAAGAUCUUCCGUUUCUGCCGCUCCAAGUGCCACAAGCACUUCAAGGCGAAGGGUAACCCCAAGAAGUUUAAGUGGACAAAGGCGUACAGGAAAACGAGGGGCAAAGAGUUGAGCGAGGAUCCUUCCUUCGAAUUCGAGCAGCGCCGGAACUGCCCUGUACGUUACGACAGAGAUUUGGUGCAGCGGACUGUGCAGACUAUGCGUCGGCUGGACGCAAUACGGCAGCGGCGCGCGGCAGUCUUUUACAGAAAUAGAAUGCUGAAUGCCCUUAAGCAGCAGCAGCAGGAAGCCCAAGCAGACAAGCUGAUGAAAAAGCACAAGCAUCUCCUGAAGGAGAUGGACCGCAUUGAACAGAAGCAAAAGCCACAGACGCUCAGGGAGUCUGCCAAGCAGCAAUUAGAGGAUGCCGAAGAAGAGGAAGAGGACGAAAUCGAAGAAGAACUUCAGCAGCAGGAAGAAGCAGAAGAAGAAGAGCUCGAAGAGAUGGCUGUAGACGAGACACUCACAAGACGGGCUAAGCACAAGGUCGCUCAGGUAGUCAAACACUAG